AUGGGUUUGCUCCUGGACGCUCAAAAUCGUCGUGUUCUGACUCUCUUCGCGGCGGCUUCGGAAGAUGAUCAUCUUCCUGAAAAAGCAAAGCCUCUGUUCAAGGUCCUCGAGGACUAACGAGCUCAAUCCUGAAGUUCGCGUUGCUCCGGACGCAAUCUCCACCUUCAUCUUUUUCCUCCCUGGGGUUUUUGAAAAUGACUUAUUUAAAAAAAAUUUUUUUAGUUGAUCUAGAAUGAUGUGUGCUUCCUUGCUACGAUAAUCGUAACGGCAAAAAAUAACUUUUUUUUCGACCAGAUACUUUUAUUUUGAAAAAAGUUAUGAGCGAAAAACCUCGAAAAUUUCCAUCCCAGAGCAUACAAAUUUUUUCGGUUCCCGCAGUGGCGGAUCUCAAUCGUUAACUCAUUCAGGUUUCGAACAAGUGGAUCCACGAACGAGGCAACGAAGGGCGCAGGCCGUGCGGAUUGAAGCCCUCGGACAGCGAACGUUUCAUUGGAGACUUGGGCAUUACGCAGGAGCCGAAAAACUCGGCAAAUCUUUCACCAAUCUUGUCUAAAAACAUUUGGGAAACGCUUUAG